AUGAUGCUUCGUCGUAUGAUUUAUUUAUCAAUAAAGGAAAUGUCAACAGUUGCAAAUGAUGUUAUUAUUGUAACAUCAAGUUUAACUCGUGAUAUGACUGGAAAAGAAGAUUCUCAUCGUGGACCAGCUAUGCAAAAGCUUUAUGCAUCAAUGAUGCAAAGUGUUGAACGAUAUAUGAAACAAACAAUUGUUGAUAAAUUACCAUCAGUUGCAUUAACAUCAUCAGUUCAUUUAAUGCGUCAAAGUCCUGAAGUAGUUAAACGAUGGGUUAAUGAAGUUCAAGAAGCUGUUAAUAAUGAUAAUAUAAUGGUGCAAUAUCAUGAGCUUGCUCUUUUAUAUCAAAUACGUCGAACGGAUAAACAUACUAUUAGAAAAUUAAUUGUCAAAUUUUCUAAAACUGCUCUUCGAAAUCCAUAUACAUUUAUUCGUAUUGCAGCUAAUCUUAUAAAUGAAGAAGGCGAAGGAACGGGCAGUCCAAUGUAUGAUUUUAUUGAUUCAUGUUUACGUCAUAAAAAUGAAAUGAUUAUUUAUGAAGCUGCAUCAACAAUUGUAUCGCUUAAAUGUGUUACACCAAAAGAACUUAGUUCAGCUCUUAAUGUUCUUCAAUUGUUUAUUUCAUCGCCUAAACCUGUUUAA